GGAGUACUAGCUCUUUUAGAAGGUAGGCGGCCUGCAAGCGAGUCCUGCUCUUCCAGGUCCCAGAUUUAUUGCUACUCUCCACCUGCGGGAGGCGCGCAGUUCUGGCACCCUUCUAAAGCCAGGACCACAGUUCAGCCUUGGCGGGAAGUUCUCACGACCAGAAACGUUCCCACUCUUUUUCUGAGCUCUAAACGGGUGAUCCUGUCACUCCGACCUCGCCCUUUUGCUAACUGGGAAAGACUGGAGCUUCUGGCUCAAUCCAGUCUCAAAAGGGCCCGCCACCCCGCGCGAAGAAAGAAGCGGGGGUGGAGAUCGUGGGGGUCAAAAACCAACUGUUAGAGCUUUUGCUUGUCGUUCUAACUUUAAAAAAGGGUGAAAGGCAAAAAAACUGGAUUUCCUGCUGGUCACGUUGGAGCACUAGGCGUCUGCUAAGUGCGUGGACUCCGGCACCCUAGAGGCAGUCAAAGCCGGCAGCGUACGAGGGCUUCGGGCAAGUUCGCGGGCCACGCCUUCCGAACCGGCCACCUCCCCUCAUUGGCCUGACAGCCUGUCACUCCAACCUGGCUCCCACUUCGGGUAACCAUUCACGUAGUUUGGUUGCGUCUUGGCGUGUUUAAUGUUGCCAAUAACGAGAGAUUUUUUUUUAGGGGGAGGGGGGACGCGAGUACAUAUCGUGCUGCAAUUAGUUCAUUGAAAACUCAGUCGCUCGCGGAGCAGUCAGGCAGAGACUCCUCUCGGCUUUUUUUCCCUCCUGCCUAAGGAUCUCCUACGGAGAGCUGCAACAAUGCCCAAAAGAAAGGCUGCAGGUGAUGCGAGCCAGGAGCCAAAGAGAAGAUCGGCUCGACUGUCUGCUAUGCCUGUGCCCUUUACACCGGAGUUGAAACCUAAAAGAGCAUCAACUUCAAGGAAAACGAAGACCACAAAUGUCGUGGAAGAAAGCAAAGAUGCAGGUGCCACAACAAUUCCUGAAACCAAGCCAGAAGUUGUUAAAGGAGAAUGCAACAUGGAAAAUGCUGAAAAUGGAGAAGCCAAAAUUAUUGAGGCACCCAUUUCUAAAAUGGAAACUGAGGAAGUAAAAGAACAGAUAAAUGAAGACACUGAAGGAGAUGGAGGAGAAAAGAAAGAAGCAGUGGUAACAAAAGGCAAAAAUGAUGAGCUAGAAGCAAACAUUCAAGAUGUGGAGAAAGAUGAAGAUGAAAAAGAGCACGAAGAUACAGGUGAGGAGGGAGAAGAUGGGGAAAGGGAAGGAGGCCUAAAAGAGAAACCAGAUGUAGCUGAAAUCGAAGACGCAAAGGAGGCCAAAGAUGAUGAAGAGAAGGAAGACAAGGAAAAAGAAGAUGACAAAGGAGGUGAUGGGAAGAAGGAAGAAGAGAAAGAUGAUGAGGGGGAAGCUGAAACAGAGGAAGAAGUAAAAGAACAACAGAAAGAGGAAACUGAGGGGGAUGAUGGGAAAUGCAAAGUAGAGGAAAACAAGGAAGGCAGAAAGGAAAGUCAGCAUGAGGAAGAAGGAAAGGAAGAGCUGCAUGAGGAAGACGGAAAGGAAGAUCUGCAUGAGGAAGACGGAAAGGAAGAUCUGCAUGAGGAAGACGGAAAGGAAGAUCUGCAUGAGGAAGAAGGGAAGGAAGAUCUGCAUGAGGAAGAAGGGAAGGAAGAUCUGCAUGAGGAAGAAGGGAAGGAAGAUCUGCAUGAGGAAGAAGGGAAGGAAGAUCUGCAUGAGGAAGAGGGGAAGGAAGAUCUGCAUGAGGAAGAAGGGAAGGAAGAUCUGCAUGAGGAAGAAGGGAAGGAAGAUCUGCAUGAGGAAGACGGAAAGGAAGGUCAGCAUGAGGAAGAAGGGAAGGAAGAUCUGCAUGAGGAAGAAGGGAAGGAAGAUCUGCAUGAGGAAGACGGAAAGGAAGGUCAGCAUGAGGAAGACGGAAAAAAGAAGGCUGACGGAAACGAGGAUAGAAAGGAAGAAGAAGAGCAAGAGGCUGCUACAGAAGGGAAUGAUGAAAACAAGGUGGAGGUGGAAGAAGAAGCUGACAACAAAGACUUCAAAGAAGAUGGAGAGAAAGGGGAGCCUGUGAGCACUGUCUAGAUCUGCCCUCUGUGAGAUCAUAAUUUGGUAACACGUACCUUCCUGUUGUAAUGUUAAUAGAGAUAAAUAUUUUUAUCAGAUAUUUUAUAAACAGUGCUUUUCUUUAGCAUCAUUCAAUCUCAGAUCAUCAUCAUACCAGUUAUUAGUUGCAAAAUACCUAACAUGACACCUUUAUACAUUUUGUGAUUAUAGUAGUGCAAAAUAGGAAAUGUAUACUUGCAACUUUGUGAAUUUCAUUGUGUGUAAGUUAUGUAUUAAAUCUUUGAGUUUCAACUUUAUUCUUAUACGUGGUAAUUUUGCAGAGUAAGAGAAUUCCAAAAGAAAGAGUUUGGCACAACUUUGCUGUAGUUCUCUAGGUUGCUUUUAUAAAGAAGGUCAACUAUUUUCAGGUAAUGCCAAGAGUUAGGAUUGCCAUUACCAAAUAUAACUGUAUUAGUAGCUUGGAAAGAAUAUAAAAUUUUAAUUUCAUUUUUGAAGAAAUUUGAAUGUUUAUUUCAGGAGGGCAGUUUUGACUAUAUGUGUAUGCACAAAGUUUUGCUGGAUUUAUCAUAAUAAAACAGUUCCACAAAGAUAA